CAGCACAGAUUCAUACAGAAACCCAUCAGGAAGAGAAAGACACAGCGGCCUUCAGAUACCUAUGCUUUUUAUCGGAUGUUAUAAUGGCCACACUUCGUAUUAUCGUAGAUGGGACGGUUUUUACCGCAGACAAGGAAUUGUUGAUAAGGCACAGUGAAUAUUUUCGUGCUCUCUUCCAGUCUGGAAUGCGGGAGAGUUCCCAAGAUGAAAUCCAAUUAUGCAAUUUAGGUGCAAUGGGCUUCUUGAUAACAUUAAGGAUAUUGGAAGGUGAGAGGCCUCUCUUGAGCUGUGACGAAAUCUUGGAAGCUGUGGAGUGUGCAGCCUUCUUACAGGUGGAACUUCUUAUGAAGCAUUUGGUCAAUCUGAUUGACUCUGACAAUUGUCUGGUACUGUUUGAAGCAGCUGCCACCUAUGGACUGCUAGACCUGUUCCAUGAAGCUGCCCUGUACAUCAGAGAUAUUUAUGAGCUUUUGGAAAAAGAGAUACAGUGCUUGCCCAAAGACCUCAUUCAAUACAUUGAGUCUCUUAUGCCCAGCACUUUUGUUGCAGUGGGUGCUCACACUCCUACCACAGAGUUCCUUGAAGAUUCAUCAAGAACAAUGUGCUUCUUAAAUGAGAAAGAUAAUCAAUGGGUGAGUCUUGGGUGUAUCCCAGAAAAUGCCAGCACAUUUCUGGCUGGUGUUACCACUCUAAACAAUAAAGUUUUCAUUGUGGGUGGAGCUCGAGGAGCAAACAAGCAAGUAGUGGAGAAAAGCUUCUGUUACAAUGCAGACAACCACACCUGGAGUGAGUUUGCCUGCCCACAUCAGCUCCGCUAUGAAGUGACACUAGUAGGACAUGAAGGAUAUUUAUACGCUUUUGGAGGGGAGUAUGAGAGGGUUCCUGUCGCUUAUGUGGAGAAAUAUUCUUUAUCCUCCCAGAUUUGGACCUUUGGGAAGGAGUUACCACAACCUAUGGCAGGUCCUCCUGCUACAAAGGCCAUGGGAAGAAUUUUCGUCUCCCUCUGGAAGCCACAAGAUACAACUAUAAUUUAUGAAUAUGAAACUGACAAAGAUGAGCUAAUACCUAUCUCGUCAAUAAGGCGACCCCAGAGCUAUGGUCACUGCAUGGUGGGACACAGAGAUAACCUGUACAUCAUGAGAAAUGGCCCAUCUGAUGACUUUUUGCGUUGCACAAUUGAGAACUUUAACCUCAGCACUCAGCAGUGGACAACCCUCUCUGGACAAUAUGUCAACAGCAAAGGAGCCCUUUUCACUGCUGUUAUCCGAGGAGACACCGUCUUUACUCUCAACAGGGUGAUGACCUUGCUCUACAAUAUCGAUACUUGCACCUGGAAGCCCAUGAAAGAGAAGUGUGGAUUCAAUAAAGGAGGGUCUAUGCAUGCAUUCUUCCUGAGAAUUCCUACCAAGACAAAGCUAAUGGCCUGCAAAUUGUACAAGAAUCCUUACCAGAGCUAUUCAUAAUUGUUUCUAGGGGUCUUAUUUUAUACGUUAUCACAUUCUUAAAUACAAUGUUUCUUAAGUUUGGCAUUAUGAUUCUUGUAUUUGUCCAAAAGUAAUAUUAAGGGCAGAAUGUAUAAAAAUAGCCUCUCUGUAAGACAUUUCUAUAGUGUCACUAUGUAUAAGCAUACAGCUUUCAAAGUAAUACAGUGCUAUUUUUUCUUUUUUAAUUGUAUAGAUUUAUUUUAUGUAUUUAUUUUACUCACCUAUAUAGCGCUGACAUAUUCCAUAGUGCUUUAAACACAUUAUUUAGCAUAUAUCCCCUGUUACAUUUUGAGGUCUCAGUCUCCUUAUUGCCUAGCAUUAGUUAUAUUACAGUAGGAAAGAGGUACAUCUAAUUAAAAAUACCCUAGUAUUUUACAGCAUUAUUCUCCUCCAACUUGUGGCUAGUCACCAGUACAAACGUACAACUUCCAGCACACCGGGAGGGCUGUAGACUGGCUGAGCAUUGUGGGAAUAAUGUUUUAAAACAGAUGGAGAUUCUGGAAAAUUAUGUUGUAUAUGUAAUGUACAUAUUAGUGCAAUCAAUGAUUUAGUAAUACAUAUAGUACAGCAGAUACUCUAUUGCAUCAGUGCCUAUUGUCUAUGUAUAGUUUCCCGCAUGGUAGACCAACCCAUCACAGAUUAUGCCAAAAAGUGUAGACUCCCAAAUGGACCUCAUUAUAUUCAAUAGGGUCUGUUCUGGCUCCAUUCGGUACAUUUCUGUGCAGUUUUGGGAAUAAACUGUAUAUG